GCGAGGAGCGAACCGAGCGGCUUUUCACUGACGCAGAUCCAGGCGAUUUGGCCGCGGAACGCGUGAAACGAGCGGAACAGCGUCGGCGAUCAAUGUUGGUUCGCGGGUGUGCCCGUUCGUAUGCCCAGCCCCGUGUGUGUUCCCUUUUUUCCCUUUUGGUUCCCCACGGGGAAAUCCAUUUUCCCAGCUAACGCCCGAUCGAUACGAUUUCUUUGAACGUUUGACAACCAGUCGAAGGAGCCGUGAAGGAUUCAGUGACGCUAAAAUCGGUGUUCGUGCGUGAUGUUGUGAUCUCGAAGGACAACUCUGAUCAAGAAAAUACCGGCCGAUCAUGAAGCUAAUCGUGUGCAUUAUCUCAACGCUGGUACUGCAGGCAUCGGCAAUAAUUCAAUCUCCGCCACGGAUAUCCAAACAACCCCCGACAGAUGAACAGCUUUUUCAAGUGGCUCAAGCGAAGGUUAAUGAGAACGACAAACCAUUUUUAAUAGAGUGUGAGGCAGAAGGAGAACCUGCUCCAAGAUAUCGAUGGAUUAAAAAUGGAAAAAAUUUUGAAUGGCCAGCUUAUGACGAUCGUAUCUCUCAACAACCAGGCAGAGGUACAUUAGUGAUCUCAAGACCACGAGAUGAAGAUCUCGGGCAAUAUCAGUGCUUUGCAGAAAAUGAGUGGGGAAUAGCCACAUCGAAUUCAGUUUUCGUUAGGAAAGCUGAAUUAAAUUCUUUCAAAGAUCAAAACCCUAUAAGUUUGGAUGCAAAUGAAGGACAACCAUUUAAAUUAACAUGUCAACCACCAGAUGGUUGGCCGAAACCAAAUGUAUAUUGGUUAAUCCAAGAUACUGCAGGGGGUAUCAAAUCAAUCAAUAAUUCUCGAAUGACAUUGGAUCCAGAAGGAAACCUUUGGUUCAGCAAUGUUUCCCGAAACGAUGCUUCUGAUGACUUUUACUAUGCAUGUGCAGCCACUUCUUUAUUCAGGAGUGAAUAUAAAUUAGGAAAUAGAGUUUUAUUGAAUGUUAUCUCUUCGGGAGUGUCUGCUAGUCAGAACAAACAUGAACCUGUUAAGCAGUACGUCAGCAGGAAAAACGAAGUUGCCUUACGCGGUAAAAAAAUUGAAUUAUAUUGCAUAUAUGGUGGAACGCCACUGCCACAAAUAGUAUGGAGUAAAAACGGCGAAGUAAUUAGAACAAACGAUAGAAUAACGCAGGGGAAUUAUGGUAAAUCUCUGAUAAUAAAACAUGUCAAUUUUAAAGACGAGGGCUCAUAUACUUGUGAAGCAUCUAACGGAGUAGGAGAUGCACAAUCGUAUUCUAUAAACUUGCAAGUAAUGGCAGUUCCAUAUUUCACCGUUGAACCUGAGAUAAUCAAUGCAGCAGAGGAUGAAACUGUUGAGUUCAAAUGUGCGGCUGACGGUGUACCUGUUCCAGAAAUAAACUGGAUACAUAAUGGUAAGCCAAUAUAUGAGGCGCCACAAAAUCCACGCAGAAAAGUUACACCAAAUUCCAUUAUCAUUGAAAAGCUGACAAAGAAAGACACAGGAAAUUACGGCUGCAAUGCGACAAAUUCGUUGGGUUAUGUAUAUAAAGACGUAUACGUGAAUGUAUUAGCCUUAGAACCCGAAAUCACGCAACCCCCGGCAGAUCUUACUUCUACAGUUGAUGGCAAAACAGUGAGAAUUACAUGUCGAGUGUUUGGGGCACCAAAGCCUGCCAUUAAAUGGGUUCGAAACGAUCAAGAACUGACUGGCGGUCGAUACAAAACUUUAGAGUCUGGUGACUUGGAGAUUGAAAAUGUAAUAUUCUUAGAUGCCGGAACAUAUACAUGUCAUGCAUCCAAUAAAUUUGGACAUGUUGAAGCUACUGGUGUGUUAGUAGUUAAAGAACAUACCAGAAUUACUGAUGAACCAGAAGAUUAUGAAGUUGCUGCGGGCUCUACUGCAACCUUUAGAUGUAAUGCGGUAACAGAUCCGAGCCUAAAUCUAGAAAUUGACUGGUUAAGUAAUGGCGAACCCAUAGAUUUUGAGAUGGAACCACGGUUCAUUCGUAGUACUGAUUACUCAUUAAUGAUUACAAAAACAACUGAAUUAGAUUCUGGUACUUAUACGUGCGUCGCUCAUACGGUAUUGGAUGAGACUAGGGCGCAAGCAACAUUAGUUGUUCAGGAUGUGCCAAACGCACCGAAAUUAAUCAGUGUACGCUGUAUGGCAAGCGAAGCAUCUGUUCAUUGGACUCCCAUGGGUGAUAAUAGAGCUCCAAUUUUAAGAUAUACUAUCCAACACAACACAACUUUCACACCAGAUACUUGGGAAGUAUCGAAAGACUCUGUUCCAGCUACUGAACAGACUUACGUCGUUUCCAUGACGCCAUGGGCCAACUACACGUUCCGUGUACUGGCUUGGAAUAAAAUAGGACCAUCUUUACCAUCGCCGCAUAGCGAUGUAUGCACCACAUUACCGGAUGUUCCAUAUAAAAAUCCUGACAAUGUUAUGGGCAAAGGAACUACUCCACAAAAUAUUGUGAUAUCUUGGACAGCCAUGCCACAAAUAGAACACAACGCUCCUAAAUUCAUGUAUAGGAUAUACUACAAACGGGACAUACCGGGUGAGAAAUGGACUAUAGAGGAUAUACACGAUUGGAAGAAAAACGAUUUGGUAGUAGACAAUCAGCCCACCUAUCAGAGAUACAAGAUCAAAGUUGUAGCCAUUAAUGAAAGGGGAGAGUGCAGAAUUGCACCUGAGGAAAUAACUGGAUAUUCUGGGGAAGAUGUUCCACUGCAAGCGCCCAGUAACUUUACAUUGAAUCAUGUAAAUUCAAGUACCAGUGCGCAGUUCUCAUGGAAUCCAGUUCCAGAGGAAACGGUACGAGGUGAAUUACAAGGAUACAAGAUCCAAACUUGGACAGAAAGAGAUGGUGAAAAAGGUUUACGGGAAAUUGAUUUAAGAGGUGGCAACAGGACACAUGCUCUUGUAAGCAAGUUCGUUCCGUUCAGCAAGAAUUACGUUCGGAUACUUGCAUACAAUGGACGAUAUGCGGGACCCCAUUCUGAAACGUUAAGUUUCGAUACCCCAGAAGGAGUUCCAGGUACAGUCCUUAGUUUAGAGGCGUAUCCCAUGGGUUCUAGCGCCUUAUUCUUAAUGUGGACCAAACCUGCGGAACCAAAUGGUAUACUGACUGGAUACAGAAUUUAUUACGAAUCCGUAACUGGCACCAGGUUGGGGCCAUUACUAGAAAGGAAACCGCACGUCACUGACCCAGAAGCUAUAAGUGCAAAGUUGGGAGAUUUGGCGCCUGAUACAAAGUAUCGUAUACACAUCCGGGCAACGACAAAAGUUGGCGAAGGAGAGAACUAUUUCAUUGAACAGAAAACACGAAAGUCCCAACCUCCGGACAUACCUCGAUUCACAUGGGAAGCGAUUCCGAAAGAGAAUGGCUAUUCCAAUGUGAGAGUCAUUUGGGAGCUGAAUCUAAACGGAAAUCCAGGAAGUCACUUCUUUGUGAAGUACAAACUUAGAGGUGAAACGAUAUUCCUCGAAACGGACCCAGAGUAUUUGACGAACACGAUCGAAAUACGUGGAUUACAAAGCGGUGAAGUAUAUGUAAUGUCUAUCGUUGCUGUGGACGGAGACUACGUAACUGAAAGCGAACCGCAAGACGUUGAAACAAGCAGUGAAGGGCCCAUCAUUCAACCGAAGGAAAAUGUCGCAACUGCCGGAUGGUUCAUAGGGAUGAUGUUGGCGAUAGCGUUCCUUCUCUUGGUACUUAUAAUUGUUUGUGUCAUCAAGCGCAAUAGAGGUGGCAAAUACGCAGUACACGAAAGAGAAUUGGCUGCUGGCCGAGGUGACUAUCCAGAAGAAGGCGGUUUCCACGAGUAUUCGCAGCCUUUAGACACUAAAUCAGCCGGUGGCCGAGCGUCUUUAGCGUCGUCCUCUCAUCAAGAUGGAAAGCAGCCGGAAUCUGACACAGAUUCAAUGGCGGAAUAUGGAGAGGGUGAUACAGGACGUUUCACGGAAGACGGUUCUUUCAUUGGACAAUAUGGGCCCAAAGGUAGGCCAGAGGAAACACCACCCAUUCCAAGCGGCACUAUGGCUACAUACGUGUAACCUCUGCCAUUAUCUUAAUCAAGCCGCAUAAAAAUUGUUUUCUUGUCAAGAGUGGGGACUCCCGUCCUUACUAGCCGCAGCAGCUCUGCUAUGCACCUUGCGCUGGGCGCAAUGUCCAAUACUAUACUGCCAAUUAGACUUUGGUUUUGGGUUUUAUAGUUUAUGUAGAAAAAUAAGUAAAUGUUUCUAUAUUGAGCCGGUGUAAGGAAUAUACAAGUCAUGCACAACAUUUGUACAUUCGUGUCAUCCGAAGACUUAAUUCCUCUUAAAUCUUUGAUACAUACAUUUUAAAUGCAGUGCUCGAGUAUUUGAGCGAUUUCUUUGGUAAUUAGAAGAAUGUUGAUACGAGAUUAUUUGAUCGUGAACUGUGAGUACAAUUUGUUAGUCGAGUUGAAAUUAGUUAUAAAUGAUUAGUUUGUUGAACAUCUUUAAUUAAUUAUAAAACCCAAAGACGGUAGGUGUCUCAUAGCGUGCAAGCUAUUUAUGGACAUAAUAUAGUAGGAAGUACUCUAGCAUUGACCGUAAACAUUUUUGACAAGGCCAGAUUGGUACAGACACUACAGCUUAUCACAGGGUAUACGAGUUACGUUUAUAUUGUUCUAAGUAUGUAUGGCACAAAAGCAUGAUGUACUUUUGAGGCUGCAUAUGAGGAUCACGUCUAUUGCGAAAAGAAAAAAGAUAAAAGGGGGGUGGGGGGAAAGGUAGAGAAAAUAAUCAGUACCUAUAAUUCGUGUUAUACAAAAAUUAGUUAGACUGGUGUUACUUAUAUGCACUCUUAAAAACGGAGGGACUGAUGUCAAGAAGCGUGUCACAAUCUGGCCUCGACUGAUUCUAAUUUUAAACUAAAGAAAGCGAAAAGAGGAUUGUUCUAAGGACCUUUAGAUACAAUCAAUUUUUACUCUGCCGACAGAGGGCCAAAUAUAAACGAAUCAGUGACUAUCUAACAAGUAUUGUGCACUUGCACUUUCAUUAACGAUACACGAACGACAAAAAUAUAUGAAAGAUAUUAUUAUUAAUGCUAUAAUAUUAAAAGGAACAUUGUACAUGCACUAUAGUAGUUAAAGAAAGAAAAAUUUCACAUGGCCUCUAAUUGUUGCUUUUUGUAUGUGAAACGUGCUUUAGCUGAGACAAAAUGAGGAGUCCUUUUAUUUUUAUGGAUGUUUACUUUUCCUUUUUUGGUAAUUUUAUUAUAAUCCAAUGAAUAGAAGGUAUUGAUUAUUUAAUAUAUAAAAUAUUAAAUAUAUAUAUAUAUAUAGAGACAUAUAUUGAUUAUUAAUUAAUGCUUAGAUUCUUAAAAAUGAAUGCGAUCACACAGGAGCAGCUAUUAUUACGUUUUAAUAUAUAAAAUGUUAUGAGAUCAUAGUGAUGAUCCGUUGAUUUCUACAAGAGUAAAUGUACGUUUUUAUUUACCGUAUUAAGUUUAGCAUAUUCAAUGCAAUGUACAGGUUGUCUGCAAAAGUGUCGCGAGCAAAUAUGUCAGGUACAAAAAUAAAAGAAAGGUACAAAGUAUAGAAUACUUACAAUACAUGUGCGCGUAAAGUUCGUAAAAAUGUAUAUGAUAAUUCCAAACAAAAUGACGUACACCUCUCAACUUGCCCAAAAGGACAAAAGAUAUACUAAAAGGUUUUCUUUGGAAUUUUCAUUAGAAAAGUUUGGAUUGGGUGCCGUUGUUAGAACAAAAAAUCCGUUUCUUUUAGCGACAAGAGUUCCACGUUUCAAUUAAUAUUUGUCAGGGUCUUUUUUGCCGAUUAUCCUGUACAAAUAUAGAAAAUAAAUGGCUUGGACGUCACGUAAUUUUUACGAACUCUAUACAUAUAUACGUACGUAUAUAGGCGCCCGCGAAAAGGGAAUAUGUAUUGUAAAUUAAUAAAAAGAAAAAAAAACAAUAAUUUAUUGUAAAGAUACCGAAGUAUAUAAAAAGAAAAGUGAAAGCGCAGAGGCAUAUAUAUGUAAUAUAUUAGAGCGUCACUUGAGCUAUUCAUUUGACAAAAUGAUCAACUCUACGAAAGGGACAGUAAGAAAAUUUCACGAAACCACAGAACGCAUAAUCAAACUGAAAAUGUGUUGGCACAAAAAAAUUCGAGAAUAUUUGAGAAAGUGAAGUUGGUCAGUUUGGCCUGUGAACGACUCAUUUAUCGUAAACCCGUAUUAAAUUAUAUUUCCAAGAAUAAGUAUCGACGUCCAAGUCAGUUACAAUCGUAUGCAAUUACGUUGUCAAUGUAAUCUCUCCUAAUCGUAUUAUCUUUUGUAUAUUUUCGAAAACGUGAAAAUCACUUUACCAUCUUCUGAAUCUCCGGUUGGACGAAACACAUAUUACCACUUAUGUGAUCUUCCAAGUAACUUUCGUACGUGUAAAUGGUGUUUUGAUACUUUUUAAUAUAUUUUGAUACUUUUUUUUCUCAUUUAUUAUAUUAUUUCAUUACUUGUUAUAUUGUACGAACUUUUCUUCUUUUGUAUUCACGGUAGGAACGUAUAGGGGCGUUUAAUAUGAAUCUCGUGUGUUGAAUCUGACAUUUAGUUUUAUUGACUUAUGAACAAUUUUAUUUAUACAUACAUACAUAUAUAUAUAUAUAUAUAUUAUUGCGAGGAAAUCACACCGUGCCAGCGCAGCUCAUAUUUAAACCGAAAUGCGAUGUACGAC